CGAGUAUAGACGUAGCGCAGGCCGUGGAAAUUGAGAGAUGACAAGCAGCCCGGGAGGUUCCAAUGAAGCCUGAAUUAAUAAGGCGUUCUCUUCAGAUCUGUCAGAUCUGCCGCCCGUUCUGGUGUUGCGGGGUGGUCCAGUUGGCGGAGGGUGGUUGUUGCAUGAAGGCAAUGAAGGCAAUCGGCGCAUCAAAGGAAUAAAUAUGAUCCUCGUUGGGCCAAGACCAGCAACAGCGUCCAUGCGCGGCUAAAACGCCCACCACGGACCAAGCUCCGGCCAUUUGUUAAAUAACAACCUGGAGCAAACUUUAGCUUUUAUAAAUAUGCGCUCAACAGCUCUAACAUCCGCGCUCACGACAACAACAACAACAGCCCUUCUUUUUCACCUAUGCUUCAUGCUAUUCGCCUGCAUUGCGUAUUGAUUUAAUCCUCCUUAUUUAAUACCCGCUUUCCCUCUGAAACAUCCGCUCGAAGCCAGCUCUUCCGGUUCUCACACAACGUCAUUCAAUACGCUCUCUCCGGAUUUUGAGCCUACGCCUCCUAUUUGCACACGAACACAACAAUCAGAUUGAGAUAAACAGACUGCCUUGCUUUGGCUUUAAAGACUACUCUUUUCUCCGGGUCUGUCACUUGGUUGACCUAGUGAAACCUGCGUCUCUGGAAGACGACAGAUAUCCCUCUCUUCCGCCUCCUCUCGGCUUCCGUUUCGUUUCCUAGUAGUUUUAUAUACUCUUUUUUACGCCUCAAGCAAUCAUGGGCGGAUCGAUAUCAAGAUUACUGUCAGGCUUGUUUUGGACAAAGAAGGAAAUCCGGAUCUUGAUUUUGGGGCUUGAUAAUGCUGGCAAGACAACGUUACUCUAUAGAUUAAAGAUCGGCGAAGUCGUCACAACCAUCCCAACAAUCGGCUUCAAUGUUGAAUCUGUCACAUACAAAAACCUCAAUUUCAACGUCUGGGACCUGGGCGGACAAACCUCCAUCCGCCCUUACUGGAGAUGUUACUAUGCCAAUACUGCCGCUGUGAUCUUCGUCAUUGACUCCACCGACAUCGAACGGCUCGGGACGGCCUCAGAUGAACUAGCCGCAAUGCUGAACGAGGAGGAACUCCGCGAUGCCGCGCUGCUCGUCUUCGCGAAUAAGCAGGACCAGCCGGGCGCAAAGGGUGCUGGGGAGAUUUCCGAGGCGUUGAAGUUGGGUGAGCUGCGGGAUCGUAACUGGAGUAUUGUAGCGUGUUCUGCUAUUGAUGGGAAGGGAAUUGAGGAAGGGAUGGAUUGGUUGGUGCAAACGGUUCAAUCGGAAAAUUCAUAAGCAGGCAAAGAAUUGGCGUAGAAACGGAACAUCCUCAUGGCGUUUCGGAUUUCGGAUUCUUUCUCUUUUUUUGUCCAUUCGCUAUUACAUCCCUCUUCCCUUUUCUUACCUCAUUCCUCUCUCUUUACCUCACAGCCUAUUUUUCCAUUCCCUUUGAUACCUAUUUGAUAGAACUGAAUACGAACAUAUUAGUCGCAACGACCCAACCCAACCCUGUCACCUAUAAUCUCCCGUUCGGCUAAGGUAUGAGGAUGAACUGCUCCGGGCGGUCGCUGUUCUACUUUUGAUGGGUAGAUAUCAGUUUCUUCUAACGUCCUCUGGCUAAAUCUAGCGGGGAAUGAACGCUAUUUCGUGAAGCCGAGGUGGGGUGGGAGAGGAGAGCUUUUGGAUAGUUCCAUGAGACGAAGAGUAAUAGGUAUAUGGAGUAGUUAUACAAAAAGUAAAAAUGAAAUAAGAGCGGAAAACUUCAUAGGUAGUAACUUGAUUCCUGCUUUUAAACAAUAAAGGGACGAAAAGAAUAACAUAUAACGUUACUAAUUAUUAAAGCUAUGGGCGAGGUACGUUGACAAAAAUAUACAUAUACAUGCAGGACAAGAAGACCCUUUCCACCAUAAGGAUUAUUGAGGAACCAAAUCGCAUAUAACCUCAAGGAGCACCAUUAAGUAUUAGAUUAGCCCUUAGACAAAAAAUAAAGGAGAAAAUGUCAAAAUUAACCGAGAACAUUUUCGAGUAAUACCAUUCAAACUUUUUGUAAACGAUUUUCAAGUU